AUAAAUUAAACAUUUAAAGUCUCAUAGACUGGGGAGAGUUUAGCCAGCACAACGUUAUGGAACGCUGCGGAUAGAAAUGUCAUGACUAAGAGUGGACAUGAUUCCUUAUUCUACAUGUCAGAGGCGUGAUGGUUGUAUUUUUCUAUCUGCGUGUUCUCUAACGGCGUGUACUGCUAAAUGUGCCCCAGUCUCUGUUGAGCAAAGUGAGAGCGCUGGUUUCAUCAGCAGAAAACCACGAGUCACAAGAUUUCCCAGUGACUGAAAGGGAGGGACGGGAUGCCCAUUGAAUGAAUCCCACGCUGGACAGGAUUUGAGCUAUUAUUUUUGCAUGACUAAGCCUACUCUUGAGUUUGUUUAGUUUCUGAAUAGCAUUUUGUAGGUAAUCGUCUUCUGCCCCCGAUUGAAAGUUGUAAAAACGCGUCAACACUAUUUUUUUGACAAUAUGUACGUUAAUGUUUUAUUAAUUUUUUAUUACUCUUAUGUAUUACUGUUGGCGCCACCCAAAGGUUUAUUUUAUGUACGCAAUGACGUCAUUUGACCGUUUUGGGAGGCUAGCUUCUUGACGGUGGAACAAAGUGAAAGCACAGCGGAUGUUUUAUGUGCAACAGCCUACUAAAACAAAGUUUUCCCAAUACACCUGCCACGCAACCACCCAACAGUCUUCACCGUGAGACUUAAGAGCACGCCACACAGGCAGCAAUGUCUUAUAGUAAAGCAGACAGCUAUCGCACCCAGCCACGGGACUCCAAUACCCUCAUCCAGACAUGCAGCUCAAACAUCCAGAAGAUCACACAGAACACUGCUCAGAUAAAGAGCAUGGUGAAUCAGCUGGGGACGAGACAAGACACAAGCGAACUGCAGGACCGUCUGCAGCACAUACAGCACUUUACAAACCAGCUGGCCAAGGAGACCAACAAGCACCUGAAAGACCUGGGCUCCGUCUCACUAUCUUCAGCACCUUCAGAGCAGAGGCAACAGAAGAUCCAGAAGGACCGGCUGAUGAAUGAAUUCUCCGCUGCCCUCAACAACUUCCAGGCCGUACAGCGCCAGGCAGCACAGAAGGAGAAGGAGUCUGUGGCCAGAGCCAGAGGUGGUUCCCGUCUCUCUGCUGAAGAUGGUGCCUCUGAGGAACAGCUCGUGUCUUUUGAUAACCAAGAAGAUUGGGGUCAGACAACCACACAGACGACAGAGGAGGCCAUAACAGAAGAGGACUUGGAGCUUAUCAAGGAGAGAGAGACCAACAUCAGACAGCUGGAGUCGGACAUCUUGGAUGUGAACCAGAUCUUCAAGGAUCUAGCAGUGAUGAUCCAUGAUCAGGGAGAGAUGAUUGACAGCAUAGAGGCCAACGUGGAGAGUGCUGAGGUCCACGUAGACCGAGGGACAGAACAGCUCCAGAGAGCCUCCUACUACCAGCAAAAGUCCCGUAAGAAGAUGUGCAUCUUGGCCAUGGUCUUGUCCAUAGUACUGACCAUACUAGGCAUCAUCAUCUGGCAAGCCACCAAAUGAGAAGAGAGACAGACAACCCUCCUCUCUUUCACAUCUUUAUUUAUUUAAUUCCCCCACCCAACCUGAAACACCAGCCCUGGAUAGAUCCCCACCCAACCUGAAACACCAGCCCGGGAUGGAUCUCCUCCAACCUGAAACACCAGCCCGGGAUUGAUCCCCACCAACCUGAAACAACAGCCCGGGAUGGAUCUCCUCCAACCUGAAACACCAGCCCGGGAUGGAUCUCCUCCAACCUGAAACACCAGCCCGGGAUGGAUGCCCGGAGCGAUGCCCAGCCAUCUCACUGUUGCCAGGGUCAGGGGAGUGGCAUCAGGGCGAAGGGAUGGGUCUGGGAUAUGUAACCUGACACUCCCUACCUGAGCUCAAGGCCUCCAGCUAAACUCCUGUCUCAUUUACCCUGAGACAAGGCAGUAGUAUUUCUAUUCAAAUGAAGGAGAGUAUUGGAGUAAAAUGGGGCAGGAGAGUGUGGAUUAAUAUAAAAAUAUUCUGUUUAAUUCUACUUGUGAUAUUUACUACACUAACAUUCAUUGUAUUUCCAAACACAUAAUACAUAAUUAUUGUUAUAUCAUUGUUGAUGAACUAUUAUAUAUCAAUUGGGGACGGACACCGAUAUGGGAAAGAAAAUAAAACUGUUGUUUUUGUAAAUUCAUCUCUGGGUUUUGUAGGGAGAUAAAUGAUUUUGGUAACCUGUACAUUUCCUGCACCUUUCUGGUAUGUAAAACAGUUUAGAGUGCCACACUCCAUUCAAGUUAUAGGAGAGGUUUCCUGAACACAGAUUGAGCCUCGAUGGCGAUUCUGCAUUGAGUUUGCAUUUUAGUCCAGGACUAGUCUUAAUCUGUGUCCGGGAAAACCACCCCAUAGUCCUUAUAUUGCUCAGGUGAGAUCAGGUUCUGAUAGUGAACCUUUUUGUUUUGUAACUUUUUGUUUUUUAUCCAACUGUCUACAUGAUAAUAACAAACUCUCUGGUCGUAAUAAACACAUUUAUUAACACUGUUGAAGAACAAACCUCUUAGCAGUUUUCAAAACACCGAUUUAAGCUUCAAAUUAUUUGUAAUUAUGUUUCCGGCACCUUGACCAACCAUCCGCUCAAUAAUUUUUUUUUUUUUAAUCAUCCCGCGGUUCAAAUCUAGUUUAUAAUCCUUGUCGUAGAUGGUGUUGACUGGAUACGAUGACCAUAGUUGUUGAUGUGCUGUAAAACAUAAUUUAUGACAGAUGUUCUCGUUAUGAUGCACAUUAUUUUUGGUUAUAUAUUACAAUCUUGGACUACAAACCCAUUAUAAUGACAAUAUUAUAUCUGUUAAUUGCAACCAUAGUUUUAAAAACAAAACAAAAGUAAUUGUCAACCUGUUUUAUUGAUAUCUAUGGCUUCUAUCAAUAUGCUUAAAUAAAAACUCUUAAAUACAA